UUCUUUUUAACCACUUGGGAUUUUAGUCUUUGAAUUGACGUGGCCACAAGCACUGGACAGCAAUAUGUGUCAUGUCAUUGUUACUUGUCGCUCAAUGUUGUGGACACUUUUGAGUAUUGUUGUGGCAUUUGCAGAGCUUAUAGCCUUCAUGAGUGCGGAUUGGCUGAUUGGCAAGGCCCAGCCUGGAAGUUUUCAGGACACAGACAGCAGGAGAUCAGGAUCAGUGGAACCCUAUCGUCCAACCUUGGGGAUCUAUGGACGUUGCACCAGAAUAGAGCACUUCCAGUCUUCCAUGCCUGAUACAUCUUGUGGCCCCUAUGCAGAUAACUUCAGUGAGAUUGCCAGUGGGUUUUGGCAAGCUACUGCUAUUUUUCUUGCUGUGGGGAUCUUGAUACUCUGUGCAGUUGCAUUUGUUUCUGUUUUCACGAUGUGUGUACAGAGUAUUAUGAAGAAAAGUAUUUUUAAUGUCUGUGGGCUGCUACAAGGAAUUGCAGGACUAUUCCUUAUUCUAGGCUUGAUCUUAUAUCCUGCUGGUUGGGGUUGUCAGAAGGCAAUAAGCUAUUGUGGACCUUAUGCUUCAGCUUAUAAACUUGGUGACUGUUCUUUAGGCUGGGCUUUCUACACUGCUAUUGGUGGCACAGUCCUGACAUUCAUCUGCGCAGUCUUCUCUGCCCAAGCCGAAAUCGCCACCUCCAGCGACAAAGUCCAGGAGGAAAUUGAAGAGGGAAAAAGCCUGAUUUGUCUCCUAUAACACACUGUU